AGAGAAGAAAUGCAACGAGCACAAACGUUACUUAUAAGGCAGCCAAGUCUUUUGUAUCGAAGUCUUCCGCUAUUUGGAAAUGGUUUUCGUUUUAAACAAACAUCUCCUGCGACCGAAAAAAUUGAAAUUUUUAUCGAUGACAAGAAAUUGUUCGUUGAUCCAGGAAUGACUAUUUUGCAGGAAACUCCAUUAAAUUCUCGAACUAUUAUUUUAUCUGGGAAGUUUCAGGCUUGUUCAUUAAUGGGGAUCGAUAUUCCUCGUUUCUGUUAUCAUGAUCGUUUAUCUAUUGCUGGUAACUGUAGAAUGUGUUUAGUUGAAGUCGAAAAGUCCAUGAAGCCUGUAGCUUCGUGCGCUAUGCCAGUUUUCAAAGGAAUGAAGGUCAAGACAAAUUCGGAUUUCGCUAAAAAAGCUCGUGAAGGUGUAAUGGAGUUUCUUCUCGUAAAUCAUCCACUGGAUUGUCCAAUCUGUGAUCAGGGUGGCGAAUGCGAUUUGCAAGAUCAGUCAGUGGUAUUCGGAUCAGAUCGAAGUAGACAUCAAGUUUUUCGUGAUGAAAAGCGAGAUGAGGUAUGGUUGAUUUAUAGAGCUGUAGAAAAUAAAGAUAUGGGACCACUGGUAAAAACAAUAAUGACUCGUUGUAUCCAAUGUACACGUUGCAUUCGAUUUGCCAACGAAAUAGCUGGUAUUCCUGAUUUGGGAAGUACUGGUCGCGGUACAGAUAUGCAGAUUGGCACUUUUGUGGAAAAAUUUUUUGCAUCUGAGCUUUCGGGAAAUGUAAUUGAUGUUUGUCCCGUUGGCGCUUUGACUAAUAAACCGUAUAGCUUUUCUGCGCGACCAUGGGAACUCAGAAAAACUGAGAGUGUUGACGUCAUGGAUGCUUUGGGUUCAAAUAUUGUAAUCGCUCAUCGAACUGGUGAGAUAUUUCGAAUUACGCCAAAGUUAAAUGAGGAUAUAAAUGAAGAAUGGAUUAGUGACAAAACGCGUUUCGUGGUUGAUGGUCUUAGACGUCAACGCCUACUUACACCAAUGCUUAAAGAUCAGUCUGGGAUUUUGCGGUCUUGUACUUGGGAAGAGGCUUUUUUUACGAUUGCAUCGAAGCUACGCACAGCUUCACCGCAACGAAUGGCUGCUAUCGCUGGAGGCCUCAAUGAUGUCGAAUCAUUGGUUGCUUUGAAAGAUUUAAUGAAUAAAUUUAACUGCGAGCUUGUGUGUACUGAAGAAUCAUUUCCUUGCGGGAGCGAUUUUCGAACUAACUAUUUAAUGAACGACAAAAUUAUUGGAGUCGAAGAUGCUGACGUAUUACUUCUUAUUGGAAGUAAUCCACGAUAUGAAGCUCCUGUUUUUAACGCUCGUAUUCGUAAAACGUUUUUACAUUCCGAUAUUGAAAUCGGGUUAAUUGGCGCUGCCGUUGAUCUUACUUAUGAUUAUACUUAUCUGGGUGAUUCCGCAAAGGCCAUUGACGGUCUAAUAGCUGGCAAAAGCAAAUUUGCGAAGCGUUUUUAUGAGGCCGAGAAUCCCAUGAUUAUCGUCGGUGCUGAAGCUUUGCAAGGAGACAGUGGAGACAUCUUGCUUGCCCAGAUCUUUCUAGAUCUAGAAAGCGGUAAAUUAUUUAGCAUUUUAGAUUCAAGAAAGAUAUUCAAUAUUUUGCAUCGGUUUGCUGCCCAAGUUGGGGCAAUGGAUGUCGGUUACAAGAUGGGAACUAAGUCUAUUGUAAAUUCACCGCAGAAAAUACAACUUCUCUAUCUUCUUGGUGCAGAUGAAGGAACUAUUUCGAGAAAAGAUCUUGCUCCUGAUGCCUUCAUCAUUUAUCAAGGCCAUCAUGGAGAUCUGGGCGUUGAGAUGGCCGAUGUUGUGUUACCUGGAGCCGCUUACACUGAGAAGGAUGGCAUAUAUGUCAAUACUGAAGGGAGAUCUCAAAAAGGUUAUCCGGCUAUAGAUCCUCCAGGAGAAGCGCGUCAUGACUGGAAAAUUAUACGAGCUUUAAGUGAAGUUGUUGGAAAGCGAUUACCUUACGACAAUCUUUUUGAAAUACGAGCUCGUUUGUCUGAAAUUGCUCCUCAUUUGAAUCGUUUUGGUGAUGUGGAAGAGUCAGUAUUUAUAGAUAAGGCGUUUGAAUCAUCAACGGGAAGAAGUUUGGAUUUUAAAUGUCAUCCAUCACAACUCGAACUUGCCGAUUUUUGGAUGACCAAUAGCAUAACGCGCGCCUCACCUACAAUGGCUGAAUGCGUGCGAGCAGCUAAGUCUUACAAAGAACAUCCUCAUCUUGAUGUACCAAAGAAAUAUUGUGCUUCUGCUUGA